AUGUCAGACCAAUAUCCAUUCAGUCAUCAGUCCAUGUACCUGUACAACGCCACUUGGUUUAGUCCUAUGUUCUAUCUUACUGGUUUGCCUGGAUUCGAAGCCAUUGAACAGUGGGUUUUCAUCCCCUUUUUCUUUAUGUACCUCGUGGCUAUCUCAGGCAACUGUUUCAUUCUGAUCAUUAUUAAGACCAACCCUCAUCUACACACACCCAUGUAUUAUCUUCUGUCCUUGCUGGCCCUCACUGACCUGGGACUAUCUGUGUCUACCUUGCCCACCACUAUGUGCAUAUUUUGGUUCAAAUACCAUGGAAUCUACUUCAAAGCCUGCCAAAUCCAGAUGUUCUGCAUUCACUCAUUUUCUUUCAUGGAAUCUUCAGUGCUCCUCGUCAUGUCCUUUGACCGUUUUGUGGCCAUCUGCCAUCCAUUAAGAUAUUCAGUCAUAAUCACAGGGAAGCGAGUGGUUAGAGUUGGUCUGGUCAUCAUACUCCGAGGCCCUGUGGCCCUUAUCCCUAUUGUCCUCCUGCUGGAAGCGUUUCCCUACUGUGGCUCUCGAGUACUCUCCCACUCAUAUUGCUUACAUCAAGAAGUAAUACAUCUAGCUUGCACAGACACGACGUUCAACAAUCUGUAUGGGCUCACACUGGUGGUGUUCACUGUAAUGAUGGACCUGGUACUCAUUGCACUGUCCUAUGCAUUUAUCCUGAGCACAGUGGCAGGACUGGCCUCUCGAGAGGAGCAGCUUCGAGCUUUCCAAACAUGUACCUCACACCUGUGUGCAGUGCUGGUAUUCUUUGUGCCCAUGAUGGGACUGUCCCUGGUGCACCGUUUUGGGAAGCAUGCUCCACCUGUUAUCCACCUCCUUAUGGCCAAUGUCUACCUCUUUGUGCCUCCUAUGCUCAAUCCAAUCAUAUACAGUAUUAAGACCAAGGAGAUCCGCCGUGCCAUCCUUAAAUACCUACACCUUAGAAAGGGCAAUGCUGUGUCCUGGGACUAA